AUGUUAUCUGCCAUCUCCGCCGGAAAGAUCGACGGCCGCACCCAGAAUGUCCGAUACCGACAGACGCAGUUCCACCGGCUGUACGACAGCAUCGUGCGACAUCUAGCAGAUCUGGAAGAAGCCAUCGCCGCCGACUCUGACCACACGGCGGGCGAGGUACAGGCGGAGAUCUUCCUGGCGCUUCACGAAAUCCGUACGCACUACGCUUCCCUCGAUCUGCCGGCCAGUCUGGAGCGAGAGUACCGCGUGGCAAGGGGAAAGGACAAUGGCGACGCCAGAAGAGGGUUCGGGAUCGUGUACAUUGUGCCCUCGCAGUACACGCUGUUCUAUUCGGCAGUGGCUGCCAUGAGUGCCGCCCUGGCCGCCGGGAACUGCAUUGUUCUGGAACUUCCGGUGUCGCCAUCCUGUUCGUCUCCCCUUCUCCGAAAGAUUCUUUCCGUCCUCGACAGCGACACCUUUGCGAUUGUCCAGGACCGGCCCGACGCCGACUUCCUUCGGAAUACGUUGGUCGUAGCGCAAACCGCCCUCGACGGUCCCCUGUCGGAGAAUAGCAUCGCCUCCUCUCCCGGCUGUGUGGCUGCGAUCGUCGACCGAACCGGCAGUGUGGAAAAGUCGGCGGAAGAGCUCGUCGUCGCCCGUCUGGCCUUCCAUGGCCGCUCGCCCUAUGCGCCGGACGUGAUUCUCGUCAACGAGUUCUGCCUGCAAGCGUUUCUCGAAUCCGUCAUCCAGCAAACCGCCAAGACAGUGGGCAGGAUGAAGGCAUCCGAGCGGGAUGAUAGGCAAGACGAUCCGCAAGAGAAUCUCCCCGGUCAAAUCAUCGUCUCCGGGACAGGGUGGGCAGUCGUGCUGGUCAAGGACAGAGACUCGCUGCUGCGACGGAAGAUAACCCGGCGGUUAGUCGCGGUGCAUUCCGUCUCCAGUCUUGACGACGCCAUCAUUUUCUGCAACGAGCGUUCCAUCUCCGCCACGUACACGUUUGCCUCUCCGGCUGCAGCGAAAUACGUCUCCGAGUCCAUCGACGCCCCAGCGUGGAUCAACCACGUUCCAUACAACAUGCUAGUCGGCCCGGUGGUCGAUCAGAUCCAGUCCACCCGCUAUUCGGCUUCAUGGUUCGAGAUCCCCCGGCCACAGAUCGUCACCCGCUCGCGCACGGCAGGACAGAUCCGAGCCCUCCUCGGCUCGGCUGUGAUGCCUCUGGUUGAGUCCCUGCCGGCCAUCGACCAACGGCCUGGAUAUCGGGUCGGCUUCUUCGAGCAGGGGAUCAUCACCGGGGUUUGUUCGUUAGUCUUUGUGUCUUGUUCACUUCUCGGGAUGAGGAUCCUAGCGACCAGGCAGACCAGAUAG